GUAAACACCACAACUUUGGUCACCGGCUCUCGGUCAACAAUCAGACAAUAAAGGUUGUAUAGCUGUGAAGGAUAAAAGAUUGAAUCAGACGCGUGCCAAGGCUAUGAGAAGUUCGAGGAGCCUCGAACUGAUUUAAAGUUAAAAAAACUGUGCGUUCGUGAGAAUACAAAUGGCCUCCACAUCUGUGGUUACCAAUGCCGAUACAACAAACAUAACGACAUCAGCUUUUACGGUGAAAGAAGAAGGAGAUAAUGCAGUAACUUCUCUGAGUCCAUUAGCACUUGGCUUAUUCCUCGAAGCAGGUAUUUUGGCAGUUGCUCUUGGAAAUCUUUUGGUGCUGCUGUCGAUAAAAUUUCAAAAACAAUGGGUCAUUACAGAUAUUCUCCUUCUGUCCCUUUCAACGGCAGAUUUCAUUGGCGGAGCUGUCCCUCUUCAAAUUCUGAUUUUCGUGAACUAUUUUGUCCAGAGGAGGUGGACUCCCUUUCUCUGCGGCUUCUAUAUAGUGGUGGUAAAUGCGCUUCGCUUUGCCUCCGCUGGGACGGUCACGCUGAUAGCUGUCGAACGAGCUUUUAUGAUUUUGUCUCCAUUCAAAUAUCACACGACAAUUACAACUUCGCGUGUGAAAAAACUUGUCAUGUUCACUUGGUUGAAUGCAGUGUUGUUCGCCUCUUUGCCAUUCCUAGGAGUUGGAAAAUCGGGUUAUGAAGAUGGUAGAUGUUUUUAUCAUUUAACGCAUUUGGGAAAAGCCUAUGCUAUUCUUAUCGUAUCUGCAUCCUUCAUAUUGUUGGCACUAGUGUUAGCAUGUUAUUUUGCGAUCAAAACAUCGAGUACGCAGUUUAUUAAGCGACAAACAGUAAUGGACACAAAAAACAAAAGUGCCGGGACGAAUUUGUCUCGCGGGUCAGUUUCCGAGGAUCCUGGGUGCGAGGGAGUGAAAAGAAGACGAAAGAGUAGCACGCAUGGAGUGAGGGAGAUUCAGAGACUGUCACUUAUGAUGGCCCUAGUUGUUUUUCUUUACUACAUUAGCUGGCUGCCAAUUUUGAUCAGCAACAUUGUUACCCUGAUUACAGGCCACCAAUCAAGUAAAGCUGUUGUUCUCCUCACGGGGAUGGUCUCUCUGAUAUACGCUAUGGCAAACCCGAUCAUUUACGGAAAAAUGAGUUCACGGUACAGAUGGGCUUAUCGGCGAGUGUUUGCAUCUCUUUUUCUUUGUGAGACUUGCAGGCAGAGAUCAAGAUCCUGGAGCAUAUCGUGCUCAAGGAAAAGCACACGUUCGCGCACCUUGUCGUUACCACAAAUCUCAAAGGACCAAGAGCUCAAGAGAAAUAUUACCAAAGACGAAGGUCCUGAGUACCCAAAAAUGGCGCAUGGACGACAUCAAGAUUCUGCUGGACAGAAAAACGAGGGGCUACAAUGCCCGGAUGACUUUGCAGAAGGCGUGGUACUGGAAUUUGGCGAUGAUGGAAACAGUUUUUCUCAAAAUGAAUUUACGAGCAGAGAAACGAACAGCUCUUACUUAUCAAAUGAGUUUUUACUUUAAAUAAGAUGAAAAAUUAGCUAUAGAACGUUUCCAAAUACUUAUAUAGUUAUGUAGUCACUACUUAUUAACUAUUUAAAUAAUUGACGGUCACUAAAUGAACUUUAGUGGACAUAGAAGCGACUCCCUUGUUUGGCCGAGAGAGAGGAAAGAUUCGUACUUUUCAGAUGAGGUUUUUUUUAAAUUAGGUUCGAAUUUCUAGAUCAUACGUCUUUUUAUUUAAAUAUGUAAUCUCUAUGUUGAUUAAUCUAUGAUUGACGGAUGCUGAAUGAACUUUAGCCGAGAUAUAAAAAGAACCCGCAUAUUCGGAGAACUAAGCAACAUGACCUCUGCGGCAACGGAUAAGUUUGGCAGGAUUGAUCUCAUUAAACGAUCGAUACAUCAAUGAAAAACAUAAUCGAUCGAGCAAUUAGUCCCGUUUAUUUAAUAAAAGUACAGGAAGGUUAAUGUUGAAACUAGCACUUAAAUCAUCUAAAAAAUUUUACUGGUGUCUAUUUAUAAUAAGUUUGUAAACAAGGUCAAUAAGGCGGAAUACUGUGAUUAAACUUAAACCAAGCAGAGUAUUUCAAAAUUUUACUAACACACUAGAAUCUGACCUUACUUAGAGAAUGACAAGUUUAAUGAACGCUAAAUUUUACCGGUAUCCUCUGAAUGAAAUUUCACUUUGAUUGAAAUAAAGUUCAUCUGAAGGAGUUAACUUCAACACUCA